GCAAAAAUUAAUGAUGCUGAAAAUGUAUGUAUGUAGUCCAGUAGCACUGUAACAACUUGUUAGUCAAGUCCGACCAGGGACUUUAUAUAUAGCAUACGAGGUUAAGAGUACACCUCAGAUAGUGUCACAUUCUUGAGACAAUUGUUCUUAGAGGUUGAGGCGCCGAGGAUAUCCGGUAACACAACAGCGGGGCGAACUGUCCGUCGUGUGUACAUUCCGCAGGAGACUCAAAUGUUCAACUUGUUCUGUGGCUCCUAUUUCAAUUUGCGACCCUGCGGAGGACAGCAAUGUUUGUUUCACAGUGGUGCCAAUGAUUUUUCGUGCUUGGCGAAUUAAGAGAUGAAUAUUGACGAAUUUAUCAAAGGUCUUUCUAAGCAACACCAACUGACAGUGAUUAAAUUUACUCUACCUGGAGUAUAUGAGUUCCUUGAGGACAUUUUAGCGGCAGAAAAACUGAGCGAAAAAGCAGAGAAUUUACGGGUUGAAUUUGUGAGUAUUCUCAAACACCUCGGAUGUACCCCUCACACUGAUGAAAUAUACACUGUGACAAGUAACGACAAGGAAUCACCUCAACAACAAUCGCUACUUUUACGGUCAGACGACGACCUUGUUUUCAACAAAGGUUACUCGCACGACAACACAGAGCAAGUGCAUUGGCCCGAAGAAACAGCUGAACCAGACGAAAAGGAAAGUGAAGAAAUACUGCCAUGUCGCAAAGGAACAGAUAGCACAGAGGAAAGUGGAAUCUUUCUAUGCAGUACUUCAUUGCCUCAGUCAGAUGCAACUUCACAUAAAGAUACUCUCAAAGUACCCAUGCUGGAUUCAGUGGAUGCUUGGUCUCGAGACACAAUAAUCUCAGAAACAGGCAGUGCAGAAGUUGAAGUGCUUGAUGGUUGGGAAAGUGAUGUGAAUGGUCAAGAAGAAGGUUACUUCACAGGAGAUAAUGUCUUUGUGGACUAUUCUGUUCAGACACUUGACCUUCAACCAAAUGAAUUUGGAGAACUUCAUAGUAGUGUGAUGUACAUAAGGGAACAUCCUGGAUGGCACAAAAGAUGGUUUUCCAUUAAUGGCCAAUGCUUAACAUGCUUUCGACAUAGAUCUGAGACAAAGAUGUUAUUUCAGAUUCCCCUUAAGGGAGCAAAAAUUAUACCAACAGACAGAAAGAAAAGCAGAAUGUUUCCCAUAACUUUAUCAGUUCCAAGAAUUCAUGAGACAAUGACUUUUGCCACAACAGAAGAUCAUUUAAGACAGGAGUGGGUAUACGUGAUAAACUAUGUCCUUUCAAGACUUUUAGAAGAUGAUAGCAGUCCAGACUCACCAGAGAAUCAACCAGCUAUUUCAUAUGAUACUUACCUUAAGUUAAACAAGUCCGAAAAAGACACCAACAAAAGUGACCCUUGCAUUGAUGGACUUGAAAAGCAUGAUCAGUCACGGAGAAGGAAGGUCUCAGUUUGUCUUGAUGGAACCAGAAUUUCAGAACCUUGCAGGAGUUGGAGUGAUAAUAAUGAUAAUGUUAUUACAGGUUCUCUUUCUCCAUGGAAAAUGUCUGGUGUUGAAGAAGUUGAAGAAGAAAUGCAUGUUAUGAAUAAUGAUCUCUCACCCGGAUUGGAUGAUGUUGAGUCAUUUAGGGAACUACAAGAGAUUCUACCAGACAUUAUACAAGGGUGUGAGGUUUCUCCUGAAGGAAAAAAAAAGAAAAAGAGCAUUUUCAAGACUUACUCUUCUAAUAAUGUCAGCAAAGUUGAUCACCAAGAUGGAAGUUUUUUAUCAGUCAGCAAUUGUGAAGGAAAGUCAUCGUCAGUCUCAGACCUUCAAAGUCUCGGCUCAAAAGUGAAAAGACAUGGCUCCCUAGCUGAUUCAUUGUCUUCUAAAGCUUUGCGUGUCAAAUCGAGAAUAACAGGAACUUUCUUUAAGAAAGGUCGUAAAGAUGACAUAAAAACUCCACAUGAGUUGAUUUCGUCUCAAAGCACCACAUUUUCGGGGUAUUUACUUCGAAAGAAAGGAAUGAAUUGGAAAAAUCGGUGGUGUGUUGUCAAAGAGCACUCUCUAUUUUGUUACAAAGACUUCGGAAUAGGUACAGCUGAGCUCCAGGCUCCUCUGCGUGGUGCCUCAGUAAAACUAGUCGUAGAAGGCAGUGAUUCUGAUGACAAGCAGCACGUAUUUGUGUUGAUGGGUGAAAAAGAAGAAUUGCUUUUCGCCGCAGAAAAUGACGCUGAACAAGAGGAGUGGAUAAUGGUUUUGAAUGACGAAAUAAAAUCGAUCGAGAAUUUUCCAAGUCCCGUUUCAGAUUCAUCCGAGAAAACCCCAGGUAUGUCUCCCAGAUCUCAAUCUGACAGGUCUACACCAGGAAGCCCUUCACUUCCAGACAGUAAGGAGUUAGUCAGAAAGAACAAGGACUCUUCUCCAGUCAGUGCCAAAAAGACUUCUCUAUUUAGUUCAAUUGGACAUAAAAUCACCAAGUUGAAGCCCAAAGCCGUUCCUGUUGGUGAAUUAGCUGUUCCUGCAGUAGAUGUUACAACAAGCGGUAGUGUAGAAGACGGCUUCAUUUUGUUACAACAUGGAAAUGAUUCAGGUUCUUCAAGUGUGGAGCGGAGACCCAAUAAAGGCGCUGGACGCGAAGUAGCCACUUCUCAUAACAUGGAGGGCUUUCUUAAUCAACGCGUUGAAGAUGAUACGUGGCUCAAAUGUUGGAUAAAACUUGAAAAGCACACUCUACAUAUACACGAUGAUAAGGAUAGCGAAGACUCAGUUGUGGUGAAAAUAAAGCUAAACAACUGUGUGGUGAAAGACAGGGGCGACGAACAACGACCUUAUGUCCUGGAGAUUAGGCGAGCUCUUGGGCGAACACACUUUUUGCAAGCUCAAAGCGAAUCAGAGUACAACACGUGGAAGACGGCAAUAAGUGGGUCCAUUGUCUACUCACCCAAGAAUCCCCGAAGACCAGUGUUAACUUGGAGCUCAACGGACGAGGACAGAACUCAUCGAGGCCCUGUUCCUCUGCUUGCUAAAGCGCAAGGCGAUUCAAUCGAUAGAGAUGACGUGUUUCAGAAGACAGAAGAGGUGCUUACGUCACCUACUGCUCAUCCUGUAAGACCAAACACCCCACUUAAUCCAUCACCUCGGCCGUCUACAGCUGGUGACGUUUCUAACUCAGAGAGUGAUGAGGGCGAAUCUGCUGUUCGAAAUGAGCCGCUGCAAACUGAGCCAGUUGAGAGAUGGCGAUCCUUUUCUGAAGGAGAGCAGGAGGAAGAGAGAAAAACCAGAAGUAAACUUCAUCGCUCCAUCUCUAACGCCAUACCAGCCAUCGCCCAUUUUCCUGGCAAGCGAAAACGUCGCAGUCGCACGGUACCAAAUGUGCAAGUCUCUCAGGAACUCAUUUCCAAUGUGAAACGCUCUUCCUGUCUAUUUAUGAGGAAUGGUAAAGGGCUAUGGACAAAGCGGUGGUGCGUGUUACAGAAAGAUAAACUACAUCUUUUCAGACGACCUGAUGAAGUAGUGCCAACGACAUCGAUCCCCUUAAGACAAUGCGAAGUACGGUGCGGUAGCAAAAAGACUAAGAAGUUUAGUUUUGAACUAAAUGUUCCUUCAGAAAAAGAGGACUUUUGUUUUGCCGCUGAUUCGGAGAAGGAGAUGUUAAGUUGGAUGAGGCUGCUGAGGGUAGUAGCAGAGGAAGCAGACGUCAUUGAAAGCUCUACACCUGAGCGGAGCGAUGUAGCAAAAGGUGAAACAGAAGAUAAUUCCAGAGAUAUGGACCUGGCUUCCUUAGUCUGUGAGACAGAUCAGUCUCCAGUCAACAUUCACCAGAAAAACGACGAGAUUUUCGAGACUUCCUCUAACUCUCAAAUAGAGUCGCAGAAAAUCGAAGAAACAUUGUCAACAAACAGUCAAAGCGAAGGUUUGCCAAAACCAAGUUCUUUCGCUGCUAGACCCACAUCACUUGAUGGCGUAUUGAAACUUCUUCAAGAUCAGCAGUUGAUGCAACAGAUGGGACAGCAGAGAUUUGACAAAGCUAAGAAGGCCCAAAAAGCAUGGCAGAGGUCAGCGGCUGCAGCUUUGAAAGAGCGUCGUUCUGCUUCUAUUACCCCGGAUGGAGAGAUGUUUGAGCCCACAAGUCGAGAAGCAGCGAUCGACGAAACAAGGCGUAGAACUUUGUCUUUGUCGAAAACACAAGUGGCGAAUUCGGAACUUAGUCCCAUUCCAUCUUCCCCAAAACUGGGCGCUAAUAAGAUUAUAGAGCAGUUUGAGAAACUUGCUGAGGAAGAAAGACUUAAAACUUUAAAAAAAGAAACGCUAUUAAAGAAGCGCCGAAACUCACUUACGCUUGAGAAAGAUGUAUUAAAGAGGAAAAUUAACAAGACACAAGAAAAGAAAAACACUGUGAAGAAGUUUCUGGGGAAAGAUGAGACAGCGAGCACUGAGGAUAGACAUCGUGUUGAGGAAAGACUUGAACAAGUGAAUCGAGAACUUGAGACAAUUGAAAAAGACUUGCUGGAUAACAAGAAGAUCGAGGCGCAAGCAUUGGAUACCAUAAACGUUAUGAAAACGAAAACAGUGAGGAAGCACUCUUUCGCCAAAAGCUCGACUAACAGAAUUCAGUUAGAACAGAAACGUAGUGAAUUUAAGAACUCCCCCUCCGAGUCCACGUCCUCUCAGGGGUCGACAGAGGAUAAGUCGGAGAGAGAGGUCCCAAGGACACAAGAAACGUUGGAGGCUGUGCGAAGGCAAAGCACUGCUGUAUCCUUAGCUGCACUAGAGAAGGAACUCAGGAAAAUUUCUCCAGUUGGCAGUCGAAAGAUAACCGUUGGAGGCGAACCUUUCAGACAUGGUAGAGUUUCUUGGUCUUCUGAGGGUUCUCAGGACGACUCAGGUUUGAAGGAUUCACCAACCUCCGCAAAGAAACCAUUUCUGGGAAAGAAAAUCUCAAUAGGCUCAGAAGGUUCACCUGGCGAUCAUUCGUUUUCGAGACCUAAUUUAGCUGAUAGCGCUGAGUUGAGGAGGAAGCGCUUUUCCGCUUCAGGUUCUAAGGUGGCAUUUCACAACCUCUCCGUGGAGAUACCCACUGAAGACGAAAAAGACGUGGAAGACGGUAAAACAGUCACAGACGGGCAUAGAUUGUCUACUACGUCGGAGCCGGGUGUGUCUGAGAUUGCUUCUCGAAAGCUAUCAGUCAACUCUGAGAAAGGCAUGGAGGACCACCGUGCCAGCUUGUUGAAUGCCCUAUCGCAGAUAAAGGACUUUGAAGAGUUUGCUGCUGUUUCCAUAGGAGAUAAGAGGAACAAAUGAAACAACGAGCCUUGGGCCUGCACGCAGAACCACCCCACCACUCCUUGCAAAUUUAUGGAAUAACUAAUUGAAAAUAUGGUGAGAUGUCAAUCUGAAUGAUUUAAAUAUCCAAGUAUCCCACAUGUCAAAAUCAAGCACUGGGCGCCUCAUUAUGAACUUCUGUAAGAUCUCGGUGUUUUGUUUUUUAGUAAUGUGUAAUAGUAGUACUAUUACUGCUAUUACAAUAUUAUUAAUUUUAAUCAACCCAUCUUUUUGUAUUUGACUAUUACAUGGUUGUUAUACGUGAUCAGCAUUCGAUAGGAAUACACACUAUGCAUUUUAUGCUCAAUUAGCGCUUACACGUGUGUAGGGAAUAUUCUUCACGCGUGCUAAAAUAAGAAGUAUGAAAAAAUGACGACAGGAAAUCCUUACUCGAUGGUAUAUAAAAGAAAAAAAUUCCACGCAGGGCUUAACCUAAAGAAACGGAAGGGCUUUAAACUUCAGAUUUUCCAGGCAAUUUUGCUAUUAUUUAUCCUCUUCUGAAGUUUUCGACUUGCUUUAUUAAAAUCAUGACUUGAUGCUUUAUUGUGAUUUCUGUACAAAGCUUAUAUGAAGAUGAUGUUUUAGAGUAGGUUUAAAGUUAAUAAUUUCCCAUAUAAAGUUACAAUAUUACCUGAUUACAAGCUGGCCGUUCUUGAUACUGAUACAUAUGAUAUAUUUAUUGGAACCCUCGUGAUUUCCUUAAUUUCCUUGCGCUAUAAAUAAAACGUGCUUGUUGUCCUCAAAUGGCACUGCGCUGUAGGUACAAUAUAAUUUCCUUUGAUAAUGUGAAUGUGAAAAUUGCGUCGAUGACUAUUUUGUAAAGAAUGAACUAUUUGAUAGAGUUUGGAAUUAUAUGUAUUGGAUAUAUGAUCUAUGAAAUAAAGAAAAAUUUAUACUUCUUA